GAACCGCUCACCCAGGCGGGUGCCGCCAUGCACACCAAGGGACUGUCCUGCUGCUUGGUGUUUUUGCUUCUGGGACUCUGCAGUGUGCACUCGCGCAAUGUGCUGCUGAUGGUUGCGGACGACGGAGGCUUUGAAAGUGGAGCCUACAACAAUAGUGCCAUCGCCACCCCUCAUCUGGAUGCUCUGGCCCGCCACAGCCUCAUCUUCCGCAAUGCCUUCACCUCUGUCAGCAGCUGCUCCCCCAGCCGCGCCAGCCUCCUCACCGGCCUGCCCCAGCACCAGAAUGGCAUGUAUGGGCUGCACCAGGAUGUGCAUCAUUUCAACUCCUUCGACAAGGUGCAGAGCUUACCGCUGCUGCUCCGCCAGGCUGGAGUGCGUACAGGCAUCAUUGGGAAGAAGCAUGUGGGUCCGGAGACGGUGUACCCCUUUGACUUUGCGUUCACUGAGGAGAACAGCUCUGUGCUGCAGGUGGGGCGGAACAUCACUAGAAUUAAGCAGCUAGUCCGGAAAUUCCUGCAGAGUCAGGAUGACAGGCCCUUCUUCCUUUAUGUGGCUUUCCAUGACCCCCACCGCUGUGGGCACUCCCAGCCCCAGUACGGAACCUUCUGUGAGAAGUUUGGCAACGGGAAGAGUGGCAUGGGGCUCAUUCCAGACUGGACGCCGCGGACCUACGACCCCCAGGAUGUGAAGGUGCCUUACUUUGUCCCAGACACACCGGCAGCCCGUGCAGACCUAGCCGCCCAGUACACCACCAUCGGCCGGAUGGACCAAGGGGUAGGGCUGGUGCUGCAGGAGCUGCGAGGUGCCGGCCUGCUGAAUGACACCCUCAUCAUCUUCACAUCUGACAAUGGGAUCCCGUUCCCCAGUGGCAGGACCAACCUUUACUGGCCAGGUACAGCUGAACCUCUGUUGCUGUCAUCCCCAGAGCACCCACAACGCUGGGGCCAGGUCAGCGAGGCCUACGUGAGCCUCCUAGACCUCACCCCCACCAUCCUGGACUGGUUCUCCAUUCCAUAUCCCAGCUAUGCCAUCUUUAGCUCAAAGAUGAUCCAGCUCACAGGCCGAUCCCUCCUGCCAGCGCUGGAGGCAGAGCCCCUUUGGGCCACCGUCUUCGGCAGCCAGAGCCACCACGAGGUCACCAUGUCCUACCCCAUGCGCUCGGUACACCACCAGAACUUCCGCCUCAUUCACAACCUCAGCUUCAAGAUGCCGUUUCCCAUCGACCAAGACUUCUAUGUCUCGCCGACCUUCCAGGACCUCUUGAACCGAACCACAGCUGGCCAGCCCACAGGCUGGUACAAGGAUCUACACCAUUACUACUACCGGGAACGCUGGGAACUCUACCAUGUCAGCCGGGACCCUCGAGAGACACAGAACCUGGCCGCUGACCCACACUUCUCUCAAGUGCUGGAGAUGCUGAAAGCCCAGCUGACUAAGUGGCAGUGGGAGACGCAUGACCCCUGGGUGUGCGCCCCUGACGGGAUCCUGGAGGAAAAGCUCACACCGCAGUGCCGACCUCUUCACAAUGAGCUCUGACGGUCCCUGGGGCAGCUGCCAGCCUGCCUCUACUCAGACAGGAAGGGAGGGACAAUGGAGUCAGUGCCAACAGCCCCACCCUCUACACACCCUUCUGAGGAGGGGCCCCUGCGAUGUUGGAUGCCACUCCUGCCUCCUGGAGAGGAGCUCAGGCAUGCACUCCCCAUGUUGUCACCACAUCAGGACACUGCUGUCCUCACAUCUGUGUGGACUGACCCAGGAGUUCUAGAUGAAACUUGGGUGGGCAGAAUCCCAAGUUGACCUGCAGAUAAAGGGGUAAGGUCUCGUCUUUCGAAGCCCUUU